UGAAAUCAAUCAAGGAUUGGAGAAUACACCAUCGACACAUGAACCACCUUCCUCAUCCCCCUUACCUUUUGAAAUGUGGUGUCCUUCGAGAAAGCUUCAAAAACUCUCAGAUGAAUUUGAGGAAAAAAUACUUUACGAUCAUCCAUCUGUUCCUUGCGCCUAUUGUUCUAUGCUGAUGAUGGGAGCUGUGGUUAAAUGGAUUGAUUACAAUCUUGACGAAACUUACAACAUAAUGAUAGCAUUUGCAGACCUCCAAUUACCUUUACACGUAAACAACAGGGGCCAAACCAAGAUUGCU